CUUGGUUCUUGUAGCACCAGGCAGGACCUGUGCAGAGGGAAAUCCUCUGUACUCACAGCGACCAUGCGGCUCGGUGAUAGCCCCUGCCUGGAGUGGUACAACGGAAAUCAAUACUGGUUUGAGGUCGGACCCACGGACUUGUUCGAACGCAAGGGCUCCCUGACCCUCCGGUCCUAUCACAAGAAAUAUUCGAAGCCUGUGUUGGUGCAUUCCUGGCAACAUGACAGAGAAGCUUUUCCCAAAGAUUAUGAUAUAGAGGGUCCUGAUAAAAUAAAAAGACUGUGUGCUUCAACAUAUUGUCGAUUUGGAACUGAGGAACCUCCAAUUUGGAUAUCAGAAACACACGAAGAGAUGGCACAAGGUUUUUCAAACAAAAACUUCAUUGAAAUAAAGAGCAAGCCCUUAUUAAAUGAGGAAACAAUGUGCUCUGGGAUUAUUGAGAGGGAUACAGGGUUGCCUGCAACAGAUUUUGGGGCUCUUUUUACCAGACAUCCACCGGAUUGGAACAAAAUGUAUACAAUGACAACAUACGCUGAAGAUUAUGUUCCACCACAUGAUUAUCCGCCACGUAUACACUGAGGAAAAAUCAGGUAAGGACAGAGAAGACAGCUAUCUGCAAGCCAAGAAGACAGUCCUCACCAGGAAUUGAAUGCACCAGUACCAUGGUUUAGUUGGAGGUGUGUUUUGGAAAUGCAGUAAGAAAAGGAAUGGAAGGAAUAGGUGAGUUCAUACAUUCAAGGGAAUAUAUUCUUUUAUAAAAUAAAGUGAAAAAAUGUACAAUUGAUUGAACCACAAUUUCUAUAGAGAAACAAAUGGAAAAGGAAAUAGUGUUGGAACUGGGAAAUGGAGGAGUCUGGAGCUUCAGGGCUGGCUUGUUCUUCCUUUUCUUCCCACUUCUAUCUUUGAUAUUCCAGUGAGUAUCAACCAAAUGUAGUUCUGGAGAAGCAGCCUGGGAGGAAAUGUACUAGAAGAGUCUUCUUCUGAGGGGCUUCCCACAAGAUUUCUACAAUAG